UUCACUCGGAAGUGAAAAAUAGUAAGACAAACAACAAGGACAACGUUAGCCAAGAACAUAAUAAGAAAAAAUGUAUAUUUGAAUUAGGAAAAAGAACACACUCUACUAAUACAGGAUAAAUGUUCUUUCUACGAUAAGAACUGAUCAGUUUGCCACAUUUGGUCAUUUUAUAGGAGCGACGCUAACGUUACAGGGCUCCAGCUAGCCUACAUUGUGUCACCUAAUCUUGCCUUCCCUUUUUACGGAAGAGAAAGGCAAGAACCAGAUACAAGAUGAAGCCAGUCGGGUCCAAGGAUUGUAACGAUUGAUCCUUGAUUCAAUGUCUGCAUUGGGUAGGGUACCAAGGACAAUGAUGCCUGCCAUUGCAGUAUUAUUCAGCCGUCCUUGUCUGACUCUUUGGCCCUGCUGAGGUGUGGUGUCGGAGAAGGUGCGGUCAGUGAGAAUGGAUCAAGGCCCCCACCUGACAUGACAUUGGAUAAUUUUUUGGAACUUUAAUCAAGAGACUGGGAGGAAGAUGGAGAACGAGGUGGCUGAGAGGGAGGUGGAGAUGAAGGGAGAGACAUGGACUGUAGAGGCAACUGAGGAGAGUCCUGAAGAGCUGCCCUCAGGUGUUCCUCUCCUCCCAUCUUCAACCGCCAUGCCCGACCAGUGGGAAGUCAGAGGAGAUGAGGAGGAAACUCAACAACCAGUUCCCAAUAAGGACAUGACUGACUAUAUCAAAGUUACCCCUCAGGAUAUCCAAUCCCUAGUCAACCAGGAGGACUCGGAAGAUGUAGAAGCAGAGGAUUGUGGGAUUGCAGAGGACAAUGAGGUCUCUCUAAGACAGGAGGGGGUGGAGAGAGAAGGAGAUGAGGAGACAGAGGGUGGAGAUGAAGAGGAGAGUGGAGGCGGAGGGAAGGAGCCAAGCAUAAAUGGGGAGUCAGGCUGGAGGAACUCAGGGGCCGGAGGGAGGAGAGUCCGGUCCCGGAACAGCGGAGGAGGGGGGGCAGCCUCGGAGCAAAACACUCAGGCUACAUUGUCGUCCUCCUACCUCCCUAAAGGUUCCCUGUCGUCGGGUGGCGGUAGGAACAAGCAGACCCGGAGGCGCAACCACCACCAUCAACAGGGCCGGGGCCGGCGGCGGACGGGCACCCAGCUGGCCUUGGCCUUCAGGGAGCUGCUGUCGGAGUCGCUCAGCCCCUGGUGCAUCUCCUGCAUCCACAUGGUGGUGGAGGUCAUUGUCACCGUGACCCACCGAUGCGGAGUGGCCGUGGAGGUCGGAGGGGUGGCCCUCUACGACCUGGGCUCACAGAUGCUCAACAGGGUCACUGACGUGCCGGGGAUGAAGGCAGAUGCCCAAUGCGUGCUGGAGAGGGCGAGGUGCGCCGGGGCGGUCCUGGUGGAUAAGAGUGUUCGGUUGGUGAAAUGGGUCCGGAAGGCCUCCCUAACCUGCUUCGGCCUCUUCUGUGCCGUGGUGCUGCUGGGGUUCCAGUGGGCCCGGUUCACGCUGGUCCGGCUGGGCGGGGAGAGGGCCCAGCGGUGGUGGACAGCCAUGCAGGACUCCAGGGUAUGGAGGAGUGUGGCCUCGCUGGUGGAGAGGGUCAGCAGCUGGUUCAGGAGGAGAGCCACCCAGGUGCCCCCCUUCACCCCGGAUUCUCCUGGUGGAGCAGGCAGAUACCAGCCUGGGAAGGAGCUGGAGAGACUGCUGGCGCUGGCUCAAGUCCCCGAGGAGGAGCUGGACCCUUUUACAGUGCUGGGGGUGGAGGCCCACGCCACUGAAGCUGAGCUAAAGAGGGCCUACAGACAGCUGGCUGUCCAGGUCCAUCCAGACAAGAACAAGCACCCGCGCGCUGGGGAGGCCUUUAAGGUGCUGAGGGCUGCCUGGGACAUCGUCAGUAACCCAGAAAUACGGAGGGAAUACGAGCUGAAGCGCAUGUCGAAGACGGAACUCUCCAAGUCGAUGAAUGAGUUCCUCACCAAACUGCAGGAUGACCUGAAGGAAGCUAUGAACACUAUGAUGUGCACCAAGUGUGAGGGCAAGCACAGGAGGUUUGAGAUGGACCGGGAGCCUGCGGAGGCUCGGUUCUGUGCAGAGUGUAACAGACGCCACAGCGCCGAGGAGGGAGACCUGUGGGCCGAGUCCAGCAUGCUGGGCCUACGCAUCACAUACUUCGCCUGCAUGGAUGGCAAGGUCUACGACAUCACAGAGUGGGCCGGCUGCCAGAGGAUAGGAAUCUCUCCAGACACACACCGCGUUCCCUACCACAUCUCCUUCGGAUCCAAGAACAACAGCAACUCCACGCAGCGCCACAGGACAGCUCCAGGCCCAGAGCACCCUCCUCCAGGCCCGACCAACCCUGCUGACCUGCAGGACUUUUUCAACCGCAUCUUCCAGGGGGGACCUCCCCCUGAUAUGGCUGCCAACGGGGGUUUCUUUCCCUCAAGACCACCCCCCCAUCACCCCUCUGGUGCUGGACCGGGACCUAGUGGACCUUUCUCCCCUCCUCCACCUCAGACUGGCUUCUUCAUUCCUCCUGGGGGGCCCCGACCAGAGCCCAGCGAGACGUGGGCUGAGAGCGGAGGCAAACCUCCACCCCGCAGGAAGAAGAAGGUCCGCAAGCCCUUCCAGAGGUGAGAGCGGCCAUUGUUGUGAUACGUCAUCGUAGCAACACAGGGACACUCUACACACGACCAUGUCUGUCUUCUUGCUUGUCUGUCAGCGAGCCCGGACCUCCCCUUACUGUACAUGAGUCGAAGGAUCACUCGAGCUCAGGAAGAUUCACACUGGUCGAGACUACCACCCAAAUCAAUGACUGACAACACAUAGGUCCCAAGCCAGAGAUGAGACUGGACCAUGUAUAAGAAGAAGAAACUAACUCAGUUUAAAUAUAUUUGGGGUAAGGAGGUGGCAGUAUUUCUGCUUCUCCCUCUCUCAUUUGUUUUCUUCUUUGAUGAAACAGCUGUAGCCAUGCCACUGAAAUCACAAGCCUAUUGCUUAUAAUGCAAACACAUUUCCUUAGGUCUUACUUUCCUGCACAAUUCUGCAUACACGAUUGCAUUAUUACAUGCCAUUGGACUCUUUUAUUCCUUGAGACUUUUGUGAUAAAUUUUUGGGGAUAUGGUAAUGUAAUAUUGCUUCAGGUCUCUGUGCAUUUAUGUUUGAGAGGGACAUGGCUAGAAGAAGCCAAUCAGAAUUGAUUCAUUUCUGAAUUUAACUGCUCAAGCUGAAUCCUGGGAGAAGACUGUCUCCAGAGAGAGGGCUCCUCUGCCUGUUACUGCUUGUACACACCCUUCCUUCCGCCUGUUGCCUUCUUUGAUAAAUUGUUAGGUUAUCAUUUGA